CCAGGAUUUCUCAAAAGGCAUCGAAUUGAAAUAGGCAGACGACCCCAAGAGCUACAGUUAUCGUCUCUAUAUUCUGAUAUCAAACCAUAAAGCAACAACUUCUCGUGCUCUUCCUGCUGAUACAUAUAACCGCACCACAGUUGAAACAAUAGAACCAACCAUGUCAUUUUCUCCGUCCGCCAUGCAACAGGAUGAGCUUGCUGCUCUCCUGGCCCGUAACCUCAGCUUCAACCCAAUUCCCGAGCCUGCCCCUGCACAGCAACAAGAACCCAAGGCCGAUCAUGCUGAGCCCAUCAUCUAUACUUCAGUCCACUACACCCACUCUGCACACAUAGCUCAAGCAGCUCAACACCAAGACGUCCCUCGUCGUGCUUCAGAGCCACCCCAGACGCAAGGACCCAGGGUUGAAGCUAUACUGCAACACCAUGGUGUUAAUCCAGCUACUCUGACGCCUUCACAACUCCAGCUGUUCAAAGUUGCCGAACCCUCUCAGCAAGAGAGACUUAUUGAACUUUGGAAUAUUUGCCCUCCCGGAAACGGCGGCGAUAUCCCAGCUCUCGCCUGGAGUAGCACUACUGUGGAACAUGAGGAGCAACUUGCCCGCUUGCGUUACGAACGACUGAACCAGCAGCAACAAGUCAUGAGUCUGGAUGGUACCCAAGUUCAGGCAGUUGAUGGUAGGUGGGUUCGCAACUCAGAGCCUGAGGUCGAACCAUACAUGACUUCUGGGUACGAGGAGCUGAUGCGAAGAGAGCGUGAAAGAGAGGCCCGGGACAGCCAGCCCAGGAGCACCUACGGUCUCUACUCACACGCUACAGACCCUGUCUACAUGGGUCCGGACUACGCUCGUGAACAGCAGUUGCUGGAGAUGGCAACUCAGUACGGUGCUUACCAAGGAUUCCGAGCACCGGAGGUGGACACUAUGGAUGUUAUGUAAAUAAACAUCGUCUGUCCAAACCGAGCAGCAGAAUAGUAUGACCAGAUGUUCAACGGUCAAUCUACAUAGAAGCUCGGGAGGGAGAUGGGAUAUCAUAUAAGGUGGACAAGUUAUACGCCAAUGUGCGUACAGGAAAGGGAUUUGUUGAUAGAGCCAUGGGCUGUUAGUCAUUGUUUGGGUUUUGUUGCUUAGUAUGGUUAUCAGGUUGCUGGAUGAGUUUAUCAUGAGAAACUGGCUUCCAAAGGGGAGUGGAUAGGGUGGCGUUGGUGGAACUUUCAUUUUUUGCAAAUCAUUU